GGGGGAUGCUUGGGCCAGGGAGGAGAGCGUAUAAAUAGUGGUGCGAGAACCACCAGUCAUUCAGUCAGUGGGUUACCCGCAUCUACCUACUACCUACAUCGACGAAAUGAAAAGUGUUGCCAUAUUGACAACAAUGAUGGCGGUGGUGUCAGGUUUACCUGCCAAGCUUGACACUCUCGCGCCACUGCCCGGUGAGGCGCCUGACACAACACCUGUUCUGGUGAAAGAUGUGGAUGAUAUGCAUAUCGAGGUGUCCGAGCCUCAGGCUGGUAAAUAUAACGUGGAGGUGUUCCGUCUGAGUGACCGCUCGCUCACCCGUCUCCCGACGAAGAAUCUGACGCUGCCUCCUGGCUGGCACCUGAAGGGCAGGGAGAGCUCCCUGGUGGUACACGCAGAGCUCAUCUCUACGGGAGAUGUUGUGGUCGUACUCUUUGGUCUGGAGCACGGCCUCGACUUGGUCCUUCUUCCCAAAGAGUUCUUCAGAAGCAACAGUCCUGAGGCCAUCGUCUUCCCCGAAGUGUCUGUCCCAUGGCACCCGACUCUCUCCACGCCCACAGAAAAAUGGUCUUGGUCUCCCUUUGACUAGGAACCCAUAAUUCCAUCGUCGUCUGUGUUGUACGUGAAGCCUGAGAAGUUAUCGCAGCCUGGCUAUUAAUUUAUUAUGACGCAUGUGUCAGUCACACCUGUGAAUCUUAAUUGAUGUUGCUGACGACAAUAGCGAAGAUAAUUUGCAUAACAAGCCGGACUGGCCGAAGACUGAGCUGUGUGAUUUACGGCGGAGGAUCGAGCCCCCACCACUCAUCAUUAAGCUGAAUAACCCACACAGGUUUAGUGUUUUAUGAAAUACAGUUUACAGAGUGAAA